AUGUUCACGAUGACUUGGAAAUCCAGAUUGAAAUCAAAAGCCAGGGAGAUUGUAUUUUCCACAAGACAGCAGCAACUAUCGCCAGAUGUUGUGCAGAAGUACUGCGAGCUAAAAUUAAGCUUUGACCAGAUAUUAAAAAAAUUAGAUGGGCCACUGGAAAAUCAGCAGUCUAUUGAAAUAUGCAAAGAAAUGCUGAAUUUUUAUCGCUGUGCUGAGGAAGUAUUGCAAAUAUUCAUUAACGAAUGCUUUAAAAGCCGAUUCAUGGCAAAAAUUCAGAAAAAACGGGAAAUCUUUGACUUGGCAGACAAAAUAUUUAAAUUAUUGAUGCUGUUUGACCUGAUAAAAUCCAGAAGCUUGAAGGUCUUCUCGAUAUAUUCAGAAAUGCGAGUAAAAAACGACGAAAUGCUCUACAGCCUUGUGGAUGAUGUUGAGGAUGAUAGAAUUUCAAUUUUCAACAUGAUCAGUUUGCCAAUGGCACGGCUAUUUCUGUCCAUGUUUUCGUCCCAAACAUUUGACUUGAAAAUCCCAUUCUUUUUAGGCAAAGUUUCAAAGAUUCACUUGAACAGCGAAAACCAGGAAAAACUGGGCAUUUUUAUUUAUAUAUGUGAAAUUCACCAGUGGAAAUAUACGUUUAUUUUCUUGAUAGCGCUUUUUGGGCGUGCAACAGAAAAAGGUGGAUUUAAUAUUAAUGAAGAGUCGUUAAAAAAUAUACAAGGAUACUUGGAAAUGAUGAAGCAACAACUAUAA